AUGGGCUCCAUCUCCCUCGACAGCGUGCCCCGCAUCAUCUCCCGCCCCGUGCCCGGCUCGCUCUACCGCAGCCCGCAGCUGUACGCCCGCCUGCGCCCCGAAAUGGACGCCGACAACGCCACGGACGCGCUAGCAACUGUAUGGCGGCAUGCUUACAAAGGUGGUGUUUCGCAACCUUGCAUAAGCAAUAAUACCUAUGGUUUGCCCGAACCAAACGGCUACAUAUAUGUGGAGGCCAAUGGUGGUUUGAAUCAGCAAAGGACAUCGAUAUGCAAUGCAGUCGCAGUUGCUGGUUUUCUGAACGCAACUCUUGUAAUCCCAAAUUUUCACUACCACAGCAUUUGGAGGGAUCCUAGCAAAUUCAAUGAUAUCUAUGACCAGGACCACUUUGUCCAACGUUUGAAAAAUGAUGUUCGAGUGGUUGACAAGGUGCCUGGAUUCAUAAUGGAGCGGUUUAGUAACAAUUUGAGUAAUGUUUAUAAUUUCAAGAUAAAGGCUUGGUCUCCUAUUCAAUACUACAAAGAUGUUGUUCUUCCGAAGUUGAUUGAAGAAAGGCUCAUAAGGAUAUCACCUUUUGCAAAUCGGCUUUCAGUUGAUGCUCCGCCUGCUGUUCAGCGACUGAGAUGCCUGGCUAACUUUGAAGCCUUAAAGUUUUCUAAACCAAUCACUGCUUUAUCUGACACUUUAAUUUCUCGAAUGAGAGAAAAAAGUGUGGAAAACAACGGGAAAUAUGUAGCAGUGCAUCUCCGUUUUGAAGAGGUUGGGUUAAUGCUUCGUGGAAUGGGUUUCAGCAAUAAGACUUCAAUCUAUUUGGCUUCUGGGAGAAUAUAUAAAGCAGAGAAGAACAUGGCUCCUCUCCUUGAAAUGUUCCCUCUCUUACAGACCAAAGAAACAUUGGCAUCAGAUGAAGAACUUGCUCCGUUCAAGAAUUUCUCCUCGAGGAUGGCAGCUAUUGACUACAGCGUUUGUGUCCAUAGUGAGGUUUUCGUGACUACUCAAGGUGGAAAUUUUCCUCAUUUCCUUCUUGGUCAUAGAAGAUACUUGUAUGGUGGGCAUUCGAAGACAAUUAAGCCUGAUAAAAGAAGAUUGGCCAUACUCUUUGACAGUCCGCGUAUCGGGUAUGUUAUUGUAGUUCAUGGCCAGUAA